AGAAUGGCGUCGAACACCGCAGCCGACGACAACGAGGUGGCGCACGAGUUCGGGCUCGUCCGUGUCUACAAGAGCGGCCGCGUCGUGCGCCCCUUCGUGGCUCCGCCCGCCGCGCCCGGCCUCGACCCCGCCACCGGCGUCGAGUCCAAGGACGUCCACCUCGGCGACUACUCCGCCCGCCUCUACCUGCCCCCGUCCGCCGCCACGGCCGCAGCCAAGCUCCCCGUCAUCGUCUACGUCCACGGGGGCGGCUUCGUGGCGGAGUCCGUCGCGUCCCCGAACGGCCACCGCUUCCUCAACAGCCUCGCCGCGGCCUGCCCCGCCCUCGCCGUCUCCGUCGAGUACCGCCUCGCGCCGGAGCACCCGCUCCCGGCGGCCUACGACGACUGCGUCGCCGCGCUCAGGUGGGUGCUCUCGGGCGCCGACCCCUGGGUCGCCGCGCACGGGGACCUGGGCCGCGUCUUCGUGGCCGGGGACAGCGCCGGCGCCAACGCAUGCCACUACCUCGCCAUCCAGCCCGACGCCGCGCGGCUCAAGGGCGCCGUGCUGAUCCACCCCUGGUUCUGGGGCUCCGAAGCCGUCGGCGAGGAGACGCGCCACCCGCUGGCGCGCGCCAUGGGCGGCCGGCUCUGGAUGUUCGCGUGCCCCGGCUCGAGCGGCGUGGAUGACCCGCGAAUGAACCCGUUGGCUCCUGGCGCGCCGGGGCUGGAGACCCUGGCGUGCGAGAAGGUCAUGGUGUGCGUAGCGGAGGGCGACCACCUCAGGUGGCGCGGCCGGGCGUACGCUGAGGCGGUGGCCGCGGCGAGGGGCGGCGACGGGCAGGGCGUCGAGCUGCUCGAGACGGAAGGGGAGGGCCACGUCUUCCAUCUCUUCAAGCCCGACUGCGACAAGGCCAAGGAGAUGUUCGACAGAAUCGUCGCCUUCGUGACCGCACCGUGA